AUGGACGCCGACCCGCUUUACCACAUCAAGCAGCUCUUCCACCGGGGAUCCUACAAGGCGGCGAUCGACGAGGCGUCGGACCAGCCGCUCUCGCCAGGCGGUGACGCGGCGCUCCAGCGCGCAGUGUACGUCGCGCGUGCUCAUCUCGCCCUCUCUACUCCCGCCAUCUCCGCAGCCCAGGAAGUUGUCGCUCCGUUCCUCGAGCUCAACCCCGCCCCACCGGCCGCGAGUGCGGUCGCUGCUCUGGCCUCGUAUCUCGCCGGUAACGAGGAUGCGGUGGACAGUGUGCGCGACCUUGUAAUUGAGGUGGAGGGUGGAGACGUUGGCGAGGAGUGGGAGGAGGGGAUGGUUCGAGCUCUGGCAGGGACAAUCUUCAUUCUGGAGAAGGAGAACGAGGAGGCUGUCGCAACCCUCAACGAGGGCAAGGGGCACGAAGACCUCGAGUGCCUGGCGAUCCUGGCUCAGCUUCUACUCGCUCUUGAUCGCCGUGACCUCGCUAAUUCGACGUACGCGACCGCUAAGCGUAUUGGAAACGACAGCACGAUCGUGCAGGCCAUCGAGGCAUGGAUCGGGCUCAAGACUGGCGCGCGGCCCCUCCACCAGGCAUUCUACUUCUACGAGGAGCUGUACCAGCUCCCGGCUGGACGGACGCCCGGCGUGUUGGCUUCCCAUGCCGCAGCGCACCUCCUCCUCGGACACGGGGAGGAGGCCAAGGCGGACAUUGCGGAUGCGGUUGGGUCUGGCGGCGGUGACGACGCCAACGUCCUCGCUGUGGCUGCUAGCCUUGGCGAUGGCGACGCGCAGGCCAAGCUUGCGGGCACAUCGCACCCUUACGCAGCCGAGCUCAAGGCCAAGGAAUCGGCGUUUGACGAGGCGGCCGCCAAGUUUGCUGUUGCUGCGUAG